AUGGACCAAAGAGAGAUCGACAAACUCGUCUCGGCCAACAAGCUACAAGAACACAACAUACGCGAUCAAGAAAUCAAAGCCAUCCACAACGUCAACUUGUACUUCAUAUUCCAAGCCGUCAUUCUAGGCUCCAUCACCGCCUCCUCAACCGCCACCUGUCGCCAGUGGUGGGUCCCGUUCAGCCUCUCCCUCAUGGCGGCCCUCACAAACCUGCUGGGCUUAUGUGGCGCCAUUUCGCGCGUUCUGAAAUCGAGGGAUGAGCUUGAUCAGAGCCUUUCGGAUGUGGGCUUCAUGAAACUUUAUCCAAUCACGAAAGAGCAGCUGGCCCAAGUCAUGCCUGGGUCACCCUUGAGUCACGAAGGGAAGGAGAUUGUACGGCCCAAGAUUUGUGGGUUGAGAAGGUGGACACGACUUUUCGUGGCUUACUUGUUGAUCGGUUUGUUUGUUGGGUUUAGUGGGGUCGUGAUGUAUGGUUGCCGUAUGAUGCUUUGUAAUACGGUGAGCCCGACAGGAGGAGUGGUGGCGGUGGCCGCCGUGGGCGAUGGAGGAGGGUGCGGAAGAGGAAGCGCGGCAGGUCGGGGUCUGAGGGAGGAGGCGCCAGCAUCAAGAUGUGGGGUCGAAGGAGCGGAAGUCGAUGGGGUCUGGGAAGGCGUGUGGCUGGCCGGCGACGACGUAGAGGGAGGCGCCAGCGGACAGAGAUGGCGUCAAAGGAGAAGAAGUCGAUGGGCAUGGGUCAGGGAAGGAACUGGCAGCGGUAGAUCUGGCUGA